CCAGACUCUCUGACACGAUGUGACAGCGACUCUCUGACAAUCCGUCCGACGUCUGAAUCCUCUGGAGCUUUCAAAAAAAGUAGUAGAAGAAGAAGAAACACCCGGGGGCGCGUUUGCGUGCUUGCAGAGGCGUGCAGCAUUGAAGAAGUUAUUCACAAGUCGCCAGCUCAGCAGCUGUUUUAUCUCUUUUUCAAAACUUAGCCCUUUCACAUCAGCGUCUCCACGCGCCGGCGCACUGCCACGUUCUUACAGCGCGCGCGCGCGCUCCAGCGUUAUGGCAGCCAUGUUAUCCGUGUGUUUGAGGUUGCUUUUGCUCCUCCCUCUGGUCAGCAGCGUCCCCUCCCCCUCCAGACCUCCAUCCAGAAUCUGCAGACGAUGCUGCGACUACCAUGAGCCACCAGCAGCCUCUACCCAAUAUCAGAUGCCUGAGGUCCGCACCGUCAUCAACAUGACCAUCCUCAAAGGUGAUAAAGGUGACAGAGGCGACAAGGGUACACCUGGCAAACCUGGUUUAGAAGGCCCACCAGGCUUCCGAGGACCCAUGGGCCCUAAAGGUAGCAAGGGUCAGGCAGGCGCUCCCGGGGACCCCUGCAAAAUCCCCCUCUCUUCCUUCUCAGUGGGGCGUCGCAAGUCCCUGCACAGCGGGGAUUAUUACCAGGCGCUUGUGUUUGACACAGUGUUCGUCAACCUCCACGAGCACUUCAACAUGUUCAAGGGAAAGUUCUACUGCUAUGUACCAGGGAUCUACUUCUUCAAUGUGAACAUCCACACCUGGAACUUCAAAGAGACUUACCUCCACCUCAUGCACAACAACAAGGAGCAGGUGAUCCUGUACGCUCAGCCUAGCGAGAGGUCCAUCAUGCAGAGCCAGAGUGUCAUGCUCAAUCUGGCUCUGAAUGACGAGGUCUGGGUUCGACUUUACAAGAGGGAGAGGGAGAACGCCGUUUACAGUGACGACGUGGACGUUUACAUCACCUUUAAUGGAUACCUGGUGGCACCUGGCAUCCAGUGAAAAUGGAGGGAACAGAACAAAGACAUGAGUGACAAAAUCUCUGGGAUUAUUUGGUCUUUUUGCCAUGGAUACUGUUUUGUGCAAAGAAAUAAGAGCCAAGUAGAGGACAUAGCGAGUUUGGUGCUUAUUAUACAUUCCUUUCAGACUGGAGAGGAACAGACUGUGCUUUUUAAUGAGGCUGCCCAAAAAACCCUAUAGAAUAAAAAAGAACGGCAAGAUUGAGAAAGGUAGCACAGCAUGAAUAAGGAGGGGAUGUUGAAUUUCUUCCUGUUAUACAAAGUUAAAAAAAUCUUCAUGUCUUUUGUGCUGUGCUACUUUUUGCUCUUGGAUUACUUUUUUUCAGGGACUUUGUGUGAGAGCACAAGUUUUAUCAGGAAUCAAAAAUCUGUGCAAUCAGUUAUGUAUCGGUGCCACGGUGGUUUUAGAGAAAAGUUUGUUAGAUUAGAAUGAGUUCUGCUCGCAUGCUCAUGGUACAGUUAAACAAGUGUUUCAUUUGUGCCUUUCUGAAGAACAGAAGAGGUCAGGUCACCAAAAAUGCAAGAAACUACUGUUCCUCAUACCCCCGAUGGCAUCUGCUCAAGUAGUUUUUAACAUUUUUAGGACUGACUUCUGAAAACUUUUUACCCUUUGGAUGCUAUUUUUAAACCUUCAACUCAAUAUUGUCUUCAAAAGCUUGUAAAACAUCAACCCUCUGGUGUAGUCAAGCUCCAAACAUCUCUUUUUUCAGGACAACCGUCUCAAAAAUUCCUGUUAACACUUACGACUUUGAUUUUUUAGGAUCUCUUGAAGACCAAAAAGCGGAAAAAUAAUCAUUCUGUGACAAAGAAAACCCUUGAAAAUAUUCACACAUUUACAAAAUAAGUCUAUUUCAGCCAUUAUUCAAAGUAGUUCCUGUCUGCAGUGACACAGAGGGACACAUCACAGGCUCUCUGUCUCCCUUUCUCUCCAUUAUGAGAUACUCAGGCCGUCUCCUCAAGGAUAUGCAUUGUAUAGAGUUGCAAAGUAGCGGUGGGAGUAUUGAUACUACAGUAUCAAUAUAUUAAUAUUUACAAAGUACCCUUCUGGUAUUGAUCUCUCCAGCAAAGUAUUGAUACCAAAUUAGUACUAUAAAAUAUGUCUCACCACUGCUUCUCUCAGAGUGUUUCCCUUCCUCCCUGCCUGUCUCCUCAAAACUGUUUUGGCUUUACUGCUCCUCCAUGUCACGUAACAUUGAAAACCAAUUGGUCAUGUCAAUCCUACCAUACCAUGUGACUUUGGGGACCAAUCAUAAAUGAGUAACAAAUUUCAGCAACUCCACUUACUUGCAUAUGAAUUCAUUUUCAAGUCUGUGAUGUGGACCCAGCUGUCUUUCUCACUCAAUGUGGUCCCCAAGUAAAUUUCAAAAUUUUAAGAUAACAUAAAAAAAUACAGAGACCACAUGCCAAUACCAUAAAAUGUAUGAAGACCAGGUUGAUAGUUGACAGAAAUAAAUAUUUCUAUGAAGAUCAUUGAUGACUUGUAUUUCUUACAUUUUUGCUCUAAACUAGUGUCUAUAGGUGGCUUAUGUAGCCCUUCUGUCUGAAUUUUUAAAAAAGAAUGGGAUAUUUUUAUUUUAUAGAUAUUUUAAUUCUAUAUAUCAGUUUGUGCUAUAAUUAUAUUUUUUAUUUGUUUUAUUUUUAUGUGCUUGCACAAACAUUUUA